GUAUGCUGGCGAGGAGGGCGACGACUAUCUGGAAAGGUUUAGCCGACUGGUUCGUGAAGAUCUGUUCAAGAGCCUGGCGCCGCUGGUGAGCGGCGUGACGUUGCCAUGGAACUACGCGUUCUACCUUAUCGCCGUAAGCUCCUUCCCCUACCUCGCGGACCACAUUGCACUCUGGAUUGUCAUGGCUCGUUCCCGCCUCUCCGGCUAUGCCCUGCUUACCUGGAGCUUGCGCAACGUUGCAGACUGGGGAAUUGUGCCCUUGGCUUGCAUGCUAGCUUUAAGGGUGUGCUUGCCGCUGUGGAAGGUUGGCAUACAUUUGCGACGGAACCGCUUCAUGACGGCAGUGGUGCUGAACUUCAUUGUUUUUUGGUUCGUUUGUGCGGUUUGGGCUCCCGUGCUGAUUGUCCAUUGGUUGACGGCGGAUGACGAUUUGCUUCCGGUGGCCAUGUUCUUGGUAUGGUCAGCUGUGGCAUUUGUGCUUUUCUCACCCAUGUGUUCAGAGAGAAUCGUUUGGCACUCACUGCCCUCAAGUCGACCCCACCAUCCGGAAGAAGAGCCAGACAAGGAGAACAUGGAGUCAUCGGACGUCUUCACCGUGUCAGGUUCAGAGAAAAGCGUUUGGCGCUUACUGUCCCCAAGUCGACCCCACCAUCCAGAAGAAGAGCCAGACCAGGAGAACAUGGAAUGGAAAGGGGAAGUCUUCAGCGUGUGA